CUCGCCCGCAGGUUGCGUGGGUACAAUUCCUUUUCAUUGAGGAUGUGGACUCGACACCGCGGCCUCCAAGCAGAGAAUGGUCAGUUCAAGCUGGAGGGGGAGCCGCUGAGGAUUCUGGGAGGGUCUAUGCACUAUUUUCGAGUCCCUAAAGAAUACUGGAAGGACCGCAUGCUGAAGAUGAAGGCUUGCGGCCUGAACACUCUCACUACAUACGUCUCCUGGAACCUUCACGAGCCACAGAGGGGGAAGUUUGACUUCUCAGCGAACCUCGAUAUUGGGGCCUUUCUAGAUACAGCAGCUGAAGUGGGAUUAUGGGUGAUUCUACGCCCAGGGCCCUACAUAUGCGCGGAGUGGGAUCUGGGAGGAUUGCCUAGCUGGCUACUGCGUGACAAAGACAUGCAACUACGCACAACGUAUAAGGGCUUCGCACAGCCAACUGAAGCGUAUUUCGAUGAACUUAUCCCCAGAGUGAUCAAACAUCAGUACUCCAGGGGAGGAGCCAUAAUCGCGGUCCAGGUGGAGAAUGAGUACGGCUCCUAUGCAAAGGAUGCCAACUACAUGGAGUUCAUAAAGACUGCUCUCGUACGGCGAGGGAUUGUGGAAUUGUUAUUGACAUCCGACAACAAAGAUGGACUCAGCUCGGGCAGUAUGGAAGGAGUUUUGGCUACUAUCAAUUUCCAGAAGAUUGAACCCGUCCUCUUCUCAUAUCUGGAAUCCAUCCAGGGUAACAAACCAGUGAUGGUGAUGGAGUACUGGACAGGGUGGUUUGACCACUGGGGAGGGGAUCACCAUGUUUUUGACGUUGACCAGAUGGUUUCUACUGUAUCUGACGUCCUGACAAAGGAAGCCUCCAUUAACCUGUAUAUGUUCCAUGGCGGCACUAACUUCGGGUUCAUGGGCGGCGCUCUGCACUUCCACGAGUAUCUCUCAGAUGUCACCAGUUAUGAUUAUGAUGCUCCGCUGACUGAGGCCGGGGAUUACACAACCAAAUAUUUCAAACUGCGAGAAGUAUUCAGCAAGCACUAUGCGGAGCCACUACUACCCCCACCCUCCCUGCUGCCAAAAGGAGCUUACGGUGCCGUAACACUGAAGCGGAGCGUGUCACUGUGGGACAUCCUGCAUCUGACAGGAGAGCCAUUCAAGUCAGAGGUUCCAGUAAACAUGGAGAACUUGCCGGUGAACAAUGGAAACGGACAGUCCUACGGCUACAUUUUAUAUGAGGCGGUGAUAUAUGGAGGAGGAAAGUUCCAGACCAAAGGACAUGUCAGGGACCGAGCACAGGUCUUCGUGAGCAGUCAGUUAGUGGGAUUCGUAGACUAUAAGAACCAGGAGCUGGACAUUGCAGAGGUCCCUGGUUAUAGAAAGCUUCGAAUAUUAGUAGAGAACUGUGGACGAGUUAACUAUGGAACCAGAAUAAAUGAUCAGCGUAAAGGUCUGGUCGGUGAUGUGUAUCUCAGGGAAGUUCCUCUCAGGAAUUUCAAGAUCUACAGCCUGGACAUGAACUCAACUUUCAUAAACAGUCUGAACAGUGUCCAAUGGUCCGAUGUGAGCGAGGAGAAGACGAGCCCGUUGUUCUUUGAAGGGUUUUUACAAAUCAGUUUCUCUCCACUGGACACUUACCUGAGCAUGAAGGGCUGGAAGAAGGGAGCGGUGUUUGUGAACGGGAAGAACCUGGGUCGGUACUGGAAGAUUGGACCUCAAGAGACCCUUUAUGUCCCUGGAACCUGGCUCUGGCCAGGAGUAAAUAAGAUCACUAUCUUUGAAGAAGAAGAGGCUGGAAGUUCUCUAUACUCUGUGGACGCUCCCACCCUUGGGAGAGUCCAGUAUGUGGACUAGCCAGAUGCAGAGAGGCGGCAGUGAC